CCGGCCCCCCCCCCGCCCCCCAACACGCUGCCCUGUCACCCCCGCGCGCCCGCACCGGCGAGCGGCCAUGGGCAAGACCUCGGCGGCCGCGCCGCCGGGCAAGCGGCGGGCGCCGGCGGGGUCGACGCGCUCGGCCGCCGCGCCAGCGAAGCCGGCGAAGACCCCGGCCGCGGCGGCGAAGCGGCGCGCGCAGGGCGAGGUGCCCAAGAGGAGGCCGAGCUCCUGCCAGCACGCCUGCAACUCGGAGGGGGAGGCUGGCGGCAGACCCGGCGCCGCGUCCUCUCAGCGCGCGGUCGCCAGCAUCAUCCAGCCACUACCAGUGCCCCAUCACUCGCGAGCUCGCCAUCGACCCGGUCGUUGCCGAGGACGGGCACAUCUACGAGCGCCAGGCCCUGGAGCGCUGGCUUCAGUCCAAGAAGAAGAGCCCCGUGACCAACAAGCCCAUGGGGAUUCGGCGCCUCCUGCUCGACCCGCCCGAGGACCUGCUGGACGCGGGGGUGGUGGAUGACGACGCGGCGGCGCGCUUCUUCUUUGCGCGGGCCCAGAUGCUCGCGACGCGGAGCUCCGCCCCGGGCCCGGACCCCGAGGGUGCCCGCAGGGACCUGGAGCGAGCCGCGGGCCUCCGCGGCCCCGCGGACUUCCCGAUCCAGUCCCGGGUCAUCGACUGGAUGGCGCAGGGGCUGCGGAUUUGCAGCGACGCCGCAGCCGAGGACGAGGAGACCAAGAGAUGGAUGCUCGAGGUCGGCAACGCCAUGCGGUUUGCCAUCAGCUCGGCCGUGACGGAGCGCCUGACGGAGUGGAAGUCUCUGCGCGCCGGCACGCGCGUAAGGGUGAUCGGCGACACGCUGGAGCUGCAGCAGCUUUGCGAGCGGCCGCCGCCGGGGGCCCUCGAAAAGGUCAACUGGAACCCGAGCAUGCAGGCGUUCGCCGGCCAGGUGUGCUCCAUCAGGAGCAUGGGCCAGCCGAGCCACAUGAAUUACAUCCUCACCAGGGCUGGGGCCAGCUACUCCUUCCCGUAUGACGCCCUCAUCUCGAGCACUGAGGAGCGCCGUGGGGCGGCGUGA